GCGGGGCCGGGGCGGGGAAGGGGCUCCGGAGCGCCCGCCCCGCGCGCAACCUGAGCGCAGGAGCGGCGCCAGGGCCCCGCCUCGGCCGGCGGCGGGAGCGGCUGCGCUCGGCUCGGCUCGGCUCGGCUCGGCUGCGCCCUGCCCGGCUCUGCCCGGCCGCGCUCCGCUCCCGGCGGCGCUGCGCGGGGUCCCCGCGGUGUCCCGGCGCCGCCAAUGCCGGCGGCCGCUGGCGGCGGCGGGGCCGCGGCCGGGUGAGGCGGCGGAGCGCGGCGGUGCCGGCGGGGCCCGCGCCCUCCCGCACGAUGUCAGCGCAGGGCAAGUUCAAGAAGGACAAAGAGAUCAUCGCCGACUACGAGGCGCAGGUCAAAGAAAUCCGAACGCAGCUGGUGGAGCAGUUCAAAUGCCUGGAGCAGCAGUCGGAGUCGCGCCUGCAGCUGCUGCAGGACCUGCAGGAGUUCUUCCGCAGGAAGGCCGAGAUCGAGCUGGAGUACUCCCGCAGCCUGGAGAAGCUGGCUGAGCGCUUCUCCUCCAAGAUCCGCAGCUCCAGAGAGCACCAGUUCAAGAAAGAUCAGCACCUCCUGUCCCCUGUGAACUGCUGGUACCUGGUUCUGACGCAGACCCGUCGGGAGAGCCGAGACCACGCCACCCUGAACGACAUCUUCAUGAACAAUGUCAUCGUCCGGCUGUCGCAGAUCAGCGAGGAUGUCAUCAGGCUCUUCAAAAAGAGCAAAGAGAUUGGCCUCCAGAUGCACGAGGAGCUCCUGAAAGUCACCAAUGAGCUGUACACGGUGAUGAAGACCUACCACAUGUACCACGCAGAGAGCAUCAGCGCCGAGAGCAAGCUGAAGGAGGCAGAGAAGCAGGAAGAAAAGCAGUUCAACAAGUCAGGGGACAUCAGUGUGAACCUGCUGCGACACGAGGACCGGCCUCAGCGGCGCAGCUCUGUCAAGAAGAUUGAGAAGAUGAAAGAGAAGAGACAAGCCAAGUAUUCUGAAAACAAGCUGAAAUGUACAAAAGCCAGGAACGACUACCUGCUGAACCUGGCAGCCACCAACGCGGCCGUCAGCAAAUACUACAUCCACGACGUCUCCGACCUCAUCGACUGCUGCGAUCUGGGGUUCCACGCCAGCCUUGCUCGGACCUUCAGGACGUACCUGUCUGCUGAGUACAACCUGGAGACGUCCCGCCACGAGGGCCUGGACGUCAUCGAGAACGCUGUGGACAACCUGGACGCGCGGAGCGACAAGCACACCAUCAUGGACAUGUGCAACCAGGUCUUCUGCCCGCCGCUGAAGUUCGAGUUCCAGCCGCACAUGGGGGAUGAGGUGUGCCAGGUGAGCGCCCAGCAGCCUGUGCAGACCGAGCUGCUGAUGCGGUACCACCAGCUGCAGUCUCGGCUGGCCACCCUCAAGAUAGAGAAUGAAGAGGUACGGAAAACGCUGGAUGCCACGAUGCAGACCUUGCAGGACAUGCUGACAGUGGAAGAUUUUGAUGUUUCAGAUGCCUUCCAGCACAGCCGCUCCACUGAGUCAGUCAAAUCAGCUGCAUCAGAGACCUACAUGAGCAAAAUCAACAUUGCCAAGAGGAGAGCCAACCAGCAGGAGACUGAAAUGUUCUAUUUCACUAAAUUUAAGGAGUAUCUGAAUGGCAGUAACCUCAUCACGAAGCUCCAGGCUAAACACGACCUGCUGAAGCAGACUCUGGGAGAAGGUGAAAGAGCUGAGUGUGGAACAACCAGAGGAAGGAGGAAUGCACGAGCGAGGAAUCAGGAUUCAGGACAGGCCAUUCCACUUGUUGUAGAAAGCUGCAUCCGCUACAUCAAUCUGUAUGGCCUCCAGCAACAGGGCAUCUUCAGAGUCCCUGGCUCCCAGGUGGAAGUCAACGACAUCAAGAACUCGUUUGAGAGAGGUGAAGACCCCCUCGCUGAUGAUCAGAACGAGCGAGACAUUAACUCAGUGGCUGGAGUCUUGAAGCUGUAUUUCCGAGGACUGGAAAACCCCCUCUUUCCUAAGGAAAGGUUUCAAGAUUUCAUAUCUACUAUAAAAACUGAGAACCCUGCAGAGAGGGUGCACCAGAUCCAGCAGAUCAUCGUCACUCUGCCUCGGGCUGUCAUCGUGGUCAUGAGAUACCUCUUUGCUUUCCUUAACCACUUGUCCCAGUACAGCGAUGAGAACAUGAUGGAUCCCUACAACCUGGCCAUCUGCUUCGGGCCCACGCUGAUGCACAUUCCUGACGGGCAGGAUCCGGUGUCCUGCCAGGCCCACGUCAAUGAGGUCAUCAAAACCAUCAUCAUUCACCACGAGGGCAUCUUCCCCAGCCACCGAGAGCUGGAGGGGCCUGUCUAUGAGAAGUGCAUGACCGGAGGGGAGGAGUACUGUGACAGCCCGCACAGCGAGCCGGGCACCAUCGAUGAGGUGGACCACGACAACGGGACAGAGCCGCACACCAGUGACGAUGAGGUGGAGCAGAUUGAAGCCAUAGCCAAGUUUGACUACAUUGGCCGAUCCCCACGGGAGCUCUCCUUCAAGAAAGGGGCCUCGCUCCUGCUGUACCAUCGGGCGUCGGAGGACUGGUGGGAAGGGAGACACAACGGGGUGGACGGGCUCAUUCCCCACCAGUACAUCGUGGUGCAAGACAUGGACGAUGCGUUCUCCGACAGCCUGAGCCAGAAGGCGGACAGCGAGGCGAGCAGCGGGCCGCUGCUGGACGAUAAAGCCUCCUCCAAGAACGACAUCCAGUCACCGACUGACCACAUCAUGGACUAUGGCUUUGGGGGAGUGAUGGGCAGGGUGAGAUUGAGGUCCGAUGGCGCGGCCAUCCCCCGGCGCCGCAGCGGGGGGGACACCCACAGCCCGCCCCGCGGGAUGGGGCCUGGCAUGGACACCCCUCCUCGAGCAGCAGCCUGCCCCAGCAGCCCCCACAAGAUCCCCCUCAACAGGGGCAGGAUCGAGAGUCCCGAGAAGCGCAGGAUGGCGACGUUCGGCAGCGCGGGCAGCAUCAACUUCCCAGACAGGAAGGGCCUGGCGGACAGCCACCCACUGAGAUCCACCUGCGGGUCCACCCGGCACAGCAGCCUCGGGGAUCAGAAAUCCCUGGAAGCAGAAGCUCUUGCUGAGGACAUCGAGAAGACGAUGAGCACAGCGCUGAACGAGCUGCGGGAGCUGGAGAGGCAGAACACGGCCAAGCAGGCGCCCGACGUGGUCCUGGACACGCUGGAGCCCAUGAAGAACCCUCCGCUGGGCGCCGCCAACUCGGAGCCGGCCAGCCCGCUGCACACCAUCCUGAUCCGGGACCCCGAGGCGGCCAUGCGGCGCAGCAGCAGCUCCACGGCCGAGAUGAUGACCACCUUCAAGCCGGCGCUGUCGGCCCGGCUGGCCGGGGCGCAGCUGCGGCCGCCGCCCAUGCGGCCGGUGCGGCCGGUGGUGCAGCACCGCUCCAGCAGCAGCAGCAGCUCGGGCGUGGGCAGCCCCGCCGUCACCCCCACCGAGAAGCUGUUCCCCAGCAGCUCGGCAGACAAGUCGGGCACCAUGUAGGCCGGGGCUGCGGCCGGAGAGCGGCGCCGGGAGCGGGCACGGCACAGCCCCGCUGGGUGGGCAGGGGUCAGAGCCCACGUGGGGAGCCUCUGUGAAGGAAACACGAGUGGGGCCUGGGGCUGUACGUGCGUGCGUGUGUAUGUACAUAGGUGUGCACACACCCCAUCCAUGCAGAAACACUUCCCGAGCUUGCAGUCCUACAGCAGGAGGAGACGGCAGGUCUACGUGUUGGCACUGGAGAACGCACUCGGUGUAGAAGUAUAUAUUAAAAACAAAGUGUACAGAAUUCAGUGACUUUUUAAAACAGUAGAUUUACCUCAGAAACUGGCUCUGAAAUGUCCUCUCUUGAGACAGUGGGUUGGUCUGGGUUUCCAAGGCUGUCUGUGUGCACCUGGAAGCUCACGCUGCAGCAGCUAUGCGUCAAGCAAUACAAGGCCAUCCUGGAAUUUAUUUUCUGUACCUCUUGGCAUUGAAAAAAGAAAAGGGGUGGGAAUACAGCGGGGUCUGUUCACUGCUGGGCUUUGGAGAAGAGCUGGAAAUCCACACAUGACUGUGUCUGACCGGCCAGCUGGAGUCUUUCCAAUCCCGAAUCCUGAGAUGUCUCUUCAUGUGCCCGUGGUGCCCUGGCAGCAGGGACGAAGCAAGGUGUGUGCCAUGGAUGGGAAUGGAGUGAAGUGAGUGUCACGAGUGGGACAGAGUGAGGUGUGUGCCAUCACCCUCGUGCAGGAGGAGGACGCUGCACUGGGACUGUGGAACGCUGCUUCUCUGCAACUUCUCAGAGUGAGCAAGGACUGGUGACCAAACCUGUGGUAAAGCAUGGAGUAACUUACAGAGUUUGGAGAUUCUUCAUCUCCCUUUCCCCACAUGCUUUUUCCUUUUUUUUUUUAAUUUUUUUUAAAUCAAAACCCAACCUAUGGUCUCUUGAGAGUCAGGCCUGAGCAGUGAGGAGGGGUCUCAGGUCACAGUGGUUGUCCUGCAUGAGAAGCAUGAGCCGUGUUUGACUGCAUCAGAUGCAAAACUGAUCUGAUGGGUGAUACUUUGCACUUUCUGUACUGUACCAUAUAAUACAACAGUUUGAGUUUAUGCAAAGGAAUCUACAUUUUGUUUUACCUAGAGAAAAAAAUAUGCAGAAGGCUGGGGAUUGCAUGGUCCUGUGUGAUAAUCCAGACUCCUCUGUAAGCACUGAAUCCGAGAUGCUCCGUGCUUCUCCUGCAGCUUUUCCUUGUACAGAUUUCCAUGCAAUGCCCCAUGGUUUGAUUUGGCACUUCCCCAUGGUCACCUGCUAAUGUCUCCUAACAUUCAUCCUUCCUCCCUGCCAUCCUGCUGCUCUGGGCCUGGGUGAAGACGCCUGCAAAGCCCUCCUGACUCACCCAGCGGCCACUUACCCUGCCCGGGGCUUUGCUUUGUCCCCCCUUCAUCUUCCUCAUCGCCCCAGCACUGCUGCAGCAGGAGCAGCCUGAUGUCAGAAGGCAGCAGAGGCACUGGGCAGGGUGGCAGAACCCGUCAGUCCUGCCGUGGCUCCUGUGCUCGGCUGGGGCGCUCCCAGGUGCGCCUGUGCAUUCAUACCUGCACCUCUGUACCUGUGCAUUCAUACCUGCACCUCUGCACCUGUGCAUUCAUACCUGCACCUCUGUACCUGUGCAUUCAUACCUGCACCUCUGCACCUGUGCAUUCAUACCUGCACCUCUGCACCUGUGCAUUCAUACCUGCACCUCUGUACCUGUGCAUUCAUACCUGCACCUCUGCACCUGUGCAUUCAUACCUGCACCUCUGUACCUGUGCAUUCAUACCUGCACCUCUGUACCUGCGCAGCUGCACCCCCACAGCUGCACCCCCAUAACUGAACCCCCACAGCUGCGCCUGGGCACGGAGCUGACGCUGCAGGCCGCUGCUGGCUGCUGCAGGCUGUGGGGCGGCUGGUGCCCGUCCCGUGCCCCUCGCACGCGUCCCCUCUCGCCCCGCUCUGCCAGCCCUGUAAAUAUUGCUGUACUUGCUUAACUGCUCGAAAAUAACUGUUAACCUGUAAACUGUACAAAAAUAGGCUACAAUUAGAUAAAGCCAAUGCCACUCAACAAAUCUUUGCACUUAGUAGGUAGCUCAAUGUAAAAAUAAACCCAGUAAUAAUAAUAGUAAUCCCGAAGGGAAGCGAAGCCGCCGGCGCCCCUCGCAGAGCCCGUGGGGAGCAGCUCUGCCCGUGUCCCUCCCUGCCAGCCUGGCAGGGCAGACGGUGUGUGUGCUUGUCUGUGACCGUCCUUGGCGUUUGGUUCACGUUGGUGUUUAUUUCUCCAUCAUCCCCGCUCCCGGCACAGCCCCUGGCCCUGCCCGGCCCGGCGGCUGCAGAUGUUCACCGGGCCGGGCUGGUCAGGGACCUGUGCUGGGGGGAAGGACCCAUUUGGCACGAGUGCUGUGUGUCCAUUGCCAGUAAUUAUUACUUUUGUUUCCAUUUAGUUCCUGGAGAACAUUCACUUUGCCAGUUUUCUGUUUUUUGUAUGCUUUCUGAGAUGACUUGAGAGCAAACUCAUCUUCAUUAGGGGUUUUAUUUCCUCUCUUACUUUUGACCAUAUGGUACAAAUCCCAGUGUCUUUCUAUUAAAUUAUUGCCUUUCAUUUUUCUUCGUUUUGUUUUGUUGUGGGUUUUUAAUACAAUUGUUUUCUUAUCUUUAAGUGCCUUUUUGAGCACCAAAACAAACAGUUGGAGUUCAGGCCUGGGGGCUGUGCACACAUGGGUUCGUCUGGGCAGUUGUGUUGUGCUGGGGGUGAUUGCUUUUAAAAUCCUUCCAUUUUUCUGUUUAAUGAAAAGGGAACCAAGACUAUUUGUUGGAGAAUAAACUCCCCCUUUGUAAUAUGGUAUUCCAAGUGUAGUUUUAACUACUGUAAAUUUAAGGGAAGAAAUGUAUUUUUCUGUAAGCGAACUUGGCACAAAAUUGAACCACAUUUGUUGUAGGAGUAUCAUAACUGGAACUCGCUCAUGGUUUGCGAGUGACUCCGAUCCUCGGUACCCGCCUGAGGGCACGGACGGCGUGUGGGCCUCAGAGUUCACAGAAAUUCACUGUGGCAGCCCACGGCCGAGCUGCCGCCAGCCAGGGUGGGUGGGUGGGUGGGUGAGCUGUGCCCCGGGCUGUGGCAGCGCAGGGCAGCGCAGGGCGGCGCAGGGCGGCUCAGGGCAGCCGUGUCUCUGCUGUGCAGAGCGAGGGUUGCUCUCGGCUCGGCUCCCAUGCCAACCCACCCAUCCUGGCCAUGGCCACGGCCCUGCCACGGGGCUGAGGGGAGCAUGGGGUCACUGUGGUCCUCUCCCAUCCAUCCCGGCCAUGGCCACGGCCCUGCCAUGGGGCUGAGAGGAGCGCGGUGACACUGUGGCCCUGCCAUCCAUCCCAGCCAUGGGGCUGAGAGGAGCACGGUGACACCGUGGCCCUGCCCCAUCCAUCCUGGCCGUGGCCCUGCCGUGGGGCUGAGGGAGCGUGCUGGCACCCCACCCUGCCCUGGGCAGAGCCUCAGCGCCUGAGCGCGGAGCUGGGGCGGCCAGGGCUGCACUCAUUUCCCUCGGCUGAAGUCCCUGGUAGGUGGUUUCUGUAUCCCAGGUAUGUUAUUUGCCUAGCAGUGUUGUGGUUCUCGCGGGGCGGCAGUACAUGUCCCGAGUCUGAUUUGCUUUGCGUGGCUGGGCUGCGAGGUCUGGUGGGGACGGGGUUGGUUGUGCCCGGAGGCCGUGGGAAGCCGCCGGCUGCUGCUCGCCGUACCGGCCAUCCUCCUCCUCCUCUUCCUCCUCUGGUGUUGUCUCUGUAACGUAUGGUGAGAUGCCGUCAGCUAGAGUGUCUGAGUGGGUCCUCGUGUGUGCUGGUGAUGCCAUGUAGAUGAAGCCACUGGUUGGGUGUGGACUCAUCCUGUUGAAUAAAUUGCUUAACUUUUCUCAAAAA